GUGUUUUCUCAAAAUUUCCCAAAAAUUAUACGACCUCAGCUGGAUGUUGCACCGCAUGUUCACAAUUUACUAUAAAUUGCUCGACGAAAACCAUCGUUAGUGUUCUUCCCAUUCCCGCAUAGGGAGAAAGAAGAGAAGCGAACGAUCGUCGGAUGCCUUUUCUUCUCUGUUCGUCACAGUUGAGGAUCCUUAAACCUCAAAGUUCCUUUGAUCUGAUCUCUGAAAAAUGGGAGACGCCAAUGAUCCUUUCAUGCGCAACAGAGACGCUUCGGUGCAGGCGCGCACCAAAGCUCAGAACCGUGCGACCGUUCUGCAAUUGAAACUUAUUGGGCAGAGUCAUCCUACUGGUCUUACAUCAAAUCUCUUGAAGCUUUUCGAGCCCCGACCUCCUUUGGAAUUUAAACCCCCUCCUGAGAAGAGAAAUUGCCCAUCAUACACUGGAAUCGCACAAUUCGUGAGUAAUUUUGCUGAGCCGGGAGACCCUGAAUAUGCUCCUCCUGUCAAAAAGGGUGAAACCCCAACUGAAAGAAGGGCUAGAAUUCACAAACGACGACUGGAAGAGGGUGCAGCAAAGGCUGCUGAAGAGCUUCAGAAAUAUGAUCCAUCUAGUGAUCCAAAUGUAACUGGAGAUCCAUACAAGACAUUGUUUGUUGCAAGACUUAAUUAUGAGACUACUGAGCACAGAAUCAAAAGGGAGUUUGAAGCUUAUGGACCAAUCAAGCGGGUUCGGAUGAUUACUGAUAAGAUGGCAAAUAAACCUAGAGGUUAUGCUUUCAUUGAGUACAUGCAUACUCGGGAUAUGAAAGCUGCAUACAAACAAGCUGAUGGGAGAAAACUAGAUAAUAAACGAGUGCUUGUGGAUGUUGAACGUGGUAGAACUGUUCCCAAUUGGCGACCUCGUAGACUUGGUGGAGGACUUGGAUCAACCAGGGUUGGCGGUGAAGAAGUCAAUCAGAAGUAUUCUGGAAGAGAACCGCAGCAGAUUGCUUCAGGGGGACCCCCUCGAUCAGAGGAGCCCAGGUCCCGAGAGGAUCGUCAUAUUGAUCGGGAGAGGGAAAAAUCCCGUGAAAGGGGAAGGGACAGAGACUUGGAACGUGAGAAAUCUCGUGAGCGGUCCCGUGACCGGACGAGGGAUCAUCCACGAGAAGAAAGGCACCAUAGAGACCGCGAUAGGAAUAGAGACAGGGACAAGGAGAGAGAAAGGGGCAGGGAUCGUGAUCGUCGUGAUCAUCGGGAUCGAGAUCGAGGCCGUGGUCGUGAUCAUGAUCGACCUCGAGAGAGAGAGAAAGACUACGAUCGUGGAGAUUAUGAACAAGAUCGUGGACGUGAUCGCAGUGAGCCAAAGCCUGAACGUGACCAUCAAGCUGAAAGUGAGAGGGAAUAUGAUCUCAUGGAGUCUGAGAAUGACCGUGGGUGGUAUGAUCAUGUUGAGCGCGGACAUGGGUAUGGGCACAGCUAUCCUGAUCGUGAACACGGGCAUUAUGACCCUGACAAGGGCCAAGGUCGUGGAGGAUUUGAUCAUUUUGAGUCCCAGGACGAUCAUGGACACUACGAUCGCGAUCCAGAGCGUUAUGACGAGGUGGAGCCUGAGGAUUAUAGGUAUGACCAAGGGGAUAGAAUUCGAGACCGAGAACGAGAGAAUGUUCGUUCAGAGAGGUCUCUUUCGCGGGAGUAUGAGCACUAGGGAUGCAGGGUAAGGUAGUGAUUUCCAUCCAUUUGUUUUGGUUCUCUUUCAAGUCUUUCAGAGAGAGCGGUGCGCACACUUAUGCACAUCAUCUUCUAUUUUCUUGUUGGUUUCCAAAUUUUAAGGUGAAUUCAAGAUCCGCAAUCCAAGGGAGGAAUGAUCUAUAUGCAUGGUAAGCAGAUAAUAUUUCAAGUUUGGAUUAGAGUACUUAUAUAUAGAUAUCGUCUGGGUGUGAAAGCUUUCCUACUGUAGGGUUUUGUUUAGAGAGUAUAAGCGUCAGCUUUGUGACUUUGUGUUUUGUUUUGGAGGAAUUGUACACAUCGUUGUGGGAGAGUGCUGAUACUCUCGUAAAUGGACAAUGUACUAUGGAUUUUAGUUUAGUCUUUGCUUUAUUUUA